GUUGUUCUGGUACUCAUCAACAUUCCUCUGUAUCAAGGACUUUUCUUUAGGGAGGAUAAAGGGAAAAUACCCAAAAAUGUAACAAUCAAAUCUGUUGUCCUGGCUCUCUCUGUUUGUUCCUGUUUUACAUUCAUGUAUUAAAGCUCAACUGGAUAUAACUUUUGAUGUUUUGAUUUUCUUUUCUUAUAUGAAAAUGGGGUCGGCCGCAGUUGUCCUUGCCUUGAUUCUGGCACUUCUGCCUAAUGUGAAGCCUGUGUUGGCAAUUAGAAUAUUUAUGCAAAGUGAAGAGUGUCUCUCCUAUGAUGUUAAAUACAUAGGGGAUACACUUCUGGUGUCCUUUGUUGUUGUUAAGUAUGAAUCCAGUUGGCAAAAAGAUCAGCAGGUUGUUGAUCUUGUGGUUAAGAGACCUUCCGGGGAGCAGAUUAUUGACUUUCGUGACAGAGUUAGUGAGAAAUUUGAGUUUGUGAGUCAUGAAAAAGGACCCCACUGUCUCUGCUUCAUCAAUAAAUCUUCUUACUAUGAAACCAUCGAUUUUGAGACGGCGAGAGCCACCGCGGAAACUGCUGCUGCUGCUGCUGCCGCUGCCGAUGAGCUCGUUUCAGGAGACGAGAAAGACUAAAGAUGGUGUUUCUCAAAAAAAAAAAAAAAAAGACUAAAGAGGGUGGUGCUGCUGUUCCAGGUUGUUCGUUGGGACAAUUGCGUAGUUAUGCUGAAGACGCAAGGGUGGUUUUGUCAAAAUUGUACACCUCUGAACAUCAAUAAAAAUAAUCUUUUUCA